GUUCUAGGCGAGGUCUGCGCGGGCGGGGACGGCGACGGCGACAGACCCAGCAAGAGAGGGUGGGUCGGAGUGGGGAGCUGUGGGCGGCCGCCUAGUCUCCAGCCGCUGCCCUCCCUCCGCUACGAUGCCGGGGAUAGACAAGCUGCCCAUCGAGGAGACGCUGGAGGACAGCCCGCAGACAAGGUCUUUAUUGGGUGUAUUUGAAGAAGAUGCUACAGCUAUUUCCAACUAUAUGAACCAGUUGUAUCAAGCUAUGCAUCGGAUUUAUGAUGCACAGAAUGAGUUAAGUGCAGCAACACACCUGACUUCAAAACUUUUAAAAGAAUAUGAAAAACAGCGUUUUCCAUUGGGGGGUGAUGAUGAAGUUAUGAGCUCUACUUUGCAACAGUUUUCAAAGGUUAUAGAUGAGCUUAGCUCUUGCCAUGCAGUACUCUCAACGCAGCUUGCUGAUGCCAUGAUGUUCCCCAUUACCCAGUUUAAAGAAAGAGAUCUGAAAGAAAUAUUGACAUUAAAGGAAGUGUUUCAGAUUGCUAGUAAUGAUCAUGAUGCUGCAAUUAACAGAUAUAGCCGAUUGUCAAAAAAAAGGGAAAAUGACAAGGUGAAGUAUGAAGUAACAGAAGAUGUCUACACUUCCAGGAAAAAACAACACCAGACCAUGAUGCAUUAUUUUUGUGCAUUAAAUACUCUUCAGUACAAGAAGAAAAUAGCUUUGUUAGAACCUCUACUUGGGUACAUGCAAGCUCAGAUAAGUUUCUUUAAGAUGGGUUCUGAAAACCUCAAUGAACAACUGGAAGAAUUCUUAACUAAUAUUGGAACUAGUGUACAAAAUGUUCGCAGGGAAAUGGACAGUGAUAUAGAGACCAUGCAGCAGACAAUAGAGGAUUUGGAAGUAGCCAGUGACCCUUUAUAUGUGCCUGACCCAGAUCCCAUGAAAUUUCCUGUUAAUCGAAAUUUAACCCGAAAGGCCGGAUACCUUAAUGCUAGGAAUAAAACAGGCUUGGUAUCAUCUACCUGGGACAGACAGUUUUACUUCACUCAGGGUGGAAACUUAAUGAGUCAGGCCCGUGGGGAUGUAGCAGGAGGCUUGGCCAUGGACAUAGACAACUGUUCAGUCAUGGCUGUGGACUGUGAAGACAGGCGGUACUGUUUUCAGAUUACCUCUUUUGAUGGGAAAAAAUCUUCAAUUUUGCAAGCAGAGAGUAAAAAAGACCAUGAAGAGUGGAUCUGUACGAUAAACAAUAUAUCUAAACAAAUAUAUUUAAGUGAAAAUCCAGAGGAAAUUGCUGCACGAGUAAAUCAGUCCGCUUUGGAAGCUGUCACUCCUUCUCCAUCUUUCCAGCAGAGGCAUGAGAGCCUGCGGCCAGCAGGACAAUCUCGACCAUCAACAGCUCGAACCAGCAGUUCAGGAUCUUUAGGAUCUGAGUCCACAAAUUUAGCUGCUCUCUCUCUGGAUUCUCUUGUUGCCCCAGACACCCCCAUACAGUUUGACAUCAUUUCUCCCGUGUGUGAAGAUCAGUCUGGGCAGGCAAAAACUCCUGGCCAGGGAGGCAGGCGGACAAAUCCAUUUGGAGAAUCCGGAGGAGGUACAAAAUCUGAAACUGAAGAUUCUAUUCUUCAUCAGUUAUUUAUUGUACGAUUCCUUGGUUCUAUGGAGGUGAAAUCAGAUGACAAUCCAGAUGUUGUGUAUGAAACAAUGCGCCAAAUCUUAGCUGCCCGGGCCAUCCAUAACAUCUUUCGGAUGACAGAAUCACAUUUGUUAGUCACUUGUGAUUGUUUGAAGUUAAUUGAUCCACAGACACAAGUUACAAGGCUCAUGUUUCCAUUACCUAGUGUAGUUUUGUAUGCUACACACCAGGAAAAUAAGAGGCUUUUUGGAUUUGUUCUUCGGACAUCCGGAGGGAGAAGUGAAAGUAAUCUAUCAUCAAUCUGCUAUAUAUUUGAAUCAAACAAUGAGGGGGAAAAGAUUUGUGAUUCUGUUGGAUUGGCAAAACAAAUAGCUUUGCAUGCAGAACUGGAUCGUAGGGCAUCAGAAAAACAAAAAGAAAUAGAGAGAGUAAGAGAGAAGCAACAGAAAGAACUCAGUAAACAAAAACAAAUUGAAAAGGACUUAGAAGAACAAAGUCGGUUGAUAGCAGCUUCCAGUAGACCAAAUCAAGCCAAUAGUGAGGGGCAGUUUGUUGUCCUUAGCAGUAGCCAGUCAGAAGAGAGCGAUUUGGGAGAAGAAGGAAAGAAGAGAGAGUCAGAAGCAUAAACUUAUCCUUCCUUUUGGUUGAUAGUUCCCCCCUUCAGAUGUAUUGACAAUUUCUGUGGUGAAAUGACACAAGGUAACAACUAUGUUGAAAUAUCAAGGAGGAGAGUAAAGUUUAUAUUUGCUUAUUUUAACUGCAUUUUAAAAAAUAACAUUGAUGACAGGUUU